AUGAUUGGGAGCAUCGACUGUAUGCAUUGGCAAUGGAAGAAUUGUCCGACAGGUUGGGCUGGAGAAUAUAGUGGUAGGAAACAGAUCCCCACUAUCAUCCUGGAAGCAGUCGCAUCUUACGACACCAGGAUUUGGCACGCAUUCUUUGGAAUGCCCGAGGCAUGCAACGACCUCAACGUCUUGGCCAAGUCUCCGUUGUUUGAUGAGCUUACCGCCGGUAGAGCACCUCUGAUCCAAUUCCAAGUUAACAACAGAUUUCACAGUUUAGGGUAUUAUCUCGCUGACGGUAUUUAUCCUCGAUGGGCGACUUUCUUGAAAACUGUUCGAAAUCCUACACGCCCCAAGGAAAUCGAGUUUGCAAAGGCUCAAGAGGGGUAUAGGAAGGAUGUAGAAAGAUGUUUUGGUAUAUUACAGUCACGGUUUGGUAUUGUUAGAGGAGCUGCUCGUGGGUGGCAUAAAGAGGACCUUCGAUACAUCAUGUUGACUUGUAUUAUAUUACACAACAUGAUUGUCGAGAAUCAACGACCUGAAGACAGCGAUGAUGAGUUGGAGUCCGAUGAUGAGGAGGAUAACAAUAUGAGGCCCAGGAUUGCUGAGGUAUGGGAGGGACCAAUCGGUAGAGACUUUGAUCCUGUUGGUAGAGAUGCUCAUCAUAUGGACGGAUUCAUGGACCGCUACCAACAAAUUAGAUCUGAGCACAGUCACUCCAACCUUCAGGAAGACCUCAUUCAACACUUUUGGGAAUUUCAAGGCAACAGGCGUAUCUAG